GCGAUGUUACAUUGGAAGUUAAUGGAGCUACUCUGCAUGCCCACAAAGUCGUGCUCGCUUCGGUUUCACCGUAUUUUUAUGCAAUGUUCAAUGAUGAUAUGCUAGAACGUACCCAAGGAAUCGUUCGUUUACAUGAUGUCGAUGUGAUUGCGCUACGUCUGCUCAUCGAUUAUUCAUACACGGGUGAAAUAACAAUUACCGAGGAAAACGUUCAAGUGUUGCUUCCUGCCUCUGGUUUGCUGCAGAUACACUCGGUGCGUGAAGCUUGUUGCAAGUUUUUGCUCAGACAAUUGCAUCCUUCCAACUGUUUGGGCAUACGAAGUUUUGCUGAUGCACAUUCUUGCGAGGAACUCCAUACAAGAUCCCACAAAUAUGCGCUACAAAAUUUUCAACAAGUUGUUGGUACUGAAGAAUUUCUUCUGCUGCCCUUUGAAGAGGUCAAAGAUUUGAUAUCAAAUAAUCAAUUGAAUAUUUGUUCGGAAGAGAAAGUAUUCUUAGCAGUUCUUAAUUGGAUCAAGCAUGAUUUGGGGAAACGGCAAAACCACAUUGCAGAACUCAUGAGCCACGUACGUUUACCGCUUGUAAGUCGCGAUUUUCUGAUGACUUGCGUAGAGACUGAAACACUUAUACGCGAAGACUCACAGUGCAAAGAACUAUUACUCGAAGCUAUGAAAUAUCAUUUGUUGCCCGAGCAACGUAGUCUGAUGAGUAGUCAACGUACUCAGGAGCGAAGACCAGAGGGCAUGAAACCAUAUGUAUUUGCCGUAGGCGGUGGCAGUCUAUUUGCUAUACAUAAUGAAUGCGAAGUUUACAAUCCACGUACCAAUUCUUGGACACAGAUCGCACCGAUGCUUUGGCGACGUUCGCGUUCCGGUGUUACGUCGCUACACAAACAACUUUAUGUUGUUGGUGGCUAUGAUGGUGUAAGCGAUUUGUCAACUGCCGAAUUCUAUAAUCCUCUUAUAAAUAAAUGGACCAAUAUAACACCGAUGGGUACUAAACGUUCUUGUCUCGGUAUUUGUGCUUAUGAUGGAUUACUUUAUGUAUGUGGUGGUUAUGACGGAGCAUCUUGUCUCAGCAGUAUGGAGCGUUAUGAUCCAUUAACUGGCAUCUGGAGCUCCUGUCCAGCUAUGAGCACACGUAGACGUUAUUGUCGCUUGGCAGUGUUGGAAAAUUGCAUUUAUUCCCUUGGCGGUUUUGAUUCCACGAAUUAUCAAUCUAGUGUAGAACGUUUUGAUCCACGUAUUGGUCGUUGGUGUCCGGUACCUAGCAUGACAGCACGAAGAAGUAGUUGCGGAGUUACGUCAAACGAUGGUUAUUUGUACUGUGUUGGCGGUAAUGAUGGUACAAUGUGUAUGUCAAGCGGCGAACGUUUCAAUUUAAGACGCAACUCUUGGGAACCAAUAGCGGCCAUGCAUUCCAGAAGGUCCACUCAUGAAGUAGUCGAAGUUGAUGGCUCUUUGUAUGCUUUAGGUGGUAAUGAUGGCUCCUCUUCUCUAAACUCUGUAGAAAGAUAUGAUACUCGCCUUAAUAAAUGGACAAUUGUUAGUUCGAUGGUUGCGCGUCGUAGUUCUGUUGGUGCUGCCGUAUUAGAAUGUUUCUAUUUGGAACGUGGUCUUGUGCAGACAACGAAUUUAUGACCUUUGUCCACAAUAGCAGAGACGUUUGCUGCAGCAGCAGUGGCAGCUGCAGUGGUUGGCGGUAGCAACAGUAGCGGAUCAUCAUCAAAUAAUGCGAAUUCAACAUUAACUUCUGCAACUUCGUCAGCGGCUUCAAAUAAUUUAGUAGUGCCUGGAAGAGCUGUAAGUGGUCGUAGUAUAUUAGCCAAUGACGUUGCCGGCUUGCUAGUAGGUAAUAGUGGCUUAAAUGCUUCGGUUUCAUUAAGCACUUCAGCGCCAUCCACCUCAACAUUACGUCGCAAUCGAGAACGCGAUAAUGUGAGUAGUGAAAAUAAUCGCGGAAGUAACAAUCCUUCAGUAGUAAGUGCAAACGUUAGCACAAAUAAACCUCCUUCGACCGCUUGAUGUUUCUUUCUCAAGUAUAAUAAUUAAAUUCUAGUCAGCUAAGCUGCGGCUACAGCAUUUACUAAUCCAGCUGACGAAGGUUAAUAUAUUAUUUUAAUUAAGAGAUGAUCGUGCACAUACUCUACGCUACCGAAUUUACUGCCCUUAGUUGUAAGCGCAAAAUUAAGGAAUUACAAUUUAAACUUCAAAGGACACCUUUUAUCUAUGGACGCAUAUAGUAUUUAGGGAAAAAUCGUUCUUAAAUCGCAUUCAACUACUUUAACGUUUAUAUUAUAUAAGACCCACAAACAAAUUUACACUUAUCGUUCUUAUAAGCAUUACCCACUAUCCUUAAGAACUAUUUUUACGUAACCAUAAAGGAUAUCUUUAGAGGAUAAAUCCCUUUUUUUCUAUUAAUAUUGUAUGAAUGUCGUGUUUGCAAAUUUAUGAGAUCGUUCAGACGAAUAUAUUAUAUUUACUUAGCUAAACCCAACACAAUUAAGUAUUAUUCAUAACGAUAUUAUAUAGCCCACGUAUAAUUAAAUUACUAAA